GAAUGUGUAAUAUUUCAUGAAAAUAUGCAUGAAAUUUGCUAAAAUGACUAAUUUCGAAAAUUUUAUUUUUUUAUGGUGUUUUAGGCUGUAGAAUUUUGGAGAGUACGAAAUCAGUGAUACCAAACCUGAAUUUGACAGGUCCAUUUGUCGAAUUAUUUUUAGUCCACCUGUUUGCAUUUCUUUUCAGUCCAAAGUCCAAAGUUCUAGUUGAGUGCGUUAAAUUUUAGUUAUUAAUUUCCAAAUUUUACGAUCAUUCCGUUCGUAUCGUGGGCAAGGGUCUGUUCAAUUAUAUAAAACACAUCCGUGAUAAAGUUUCCUUCCAUAUUAAGUUUUAAGUUGAAUUUUUGUGGCAUUAAGUAAUUAAUUUGUUAUAAUUAUGUUGCGAAUUGCUAAGUUUUGUGUACAAAAUCAAAGUAAAGUCCAAAAUGCAGCCCUUACAAGAUUUAUUACAACCACGGCGGUACAGUGCAAAACUGUUCAAAACACGGAUAAACCUUCCUCAUCCCCUGGUGAAAACACUUCUUUUGUUAUGAACAUCUUCAGGGGGCAAAUUGAAGGUCGCCAAGUUUUCCCUUAUCCAAAUGUCCUAAACGAAGAACAACGUGAUACGCUCAAAAUGCUUGUUGACCCAGUUUCAAAAUUUUUUGAGGAAGUAAAUGAUCCGGCAAAAAAUGAUGCUUUGGAAAAAGUCGAUGAAAAUUCGUUGAAGGGGCUAUGGGAAUUGGGCGCUUUUGGACUACAAGUCCCCCAGGAUUUGGGUGGGUUGGGGUUAACUAAUACUCAGUAUGCUAGAUUAGUUGAGAUUGUGGGGGCGAACGAUUUGGGGGUUGGAAUAACGUUGGGGGCUCAUCAGUCGAUUGGAUUUAAGGGGAUUUUGUUGGUGGGGAACUCUGAACAGAAAGCUAAGUAUUUACCAAGGGUCACUUCAGGGGAAUUCGCGGCGUUUUGCCUGACUGAACCAUCAUCAGGAUCAGAUGCUGGUUCAAUAAAAACUCGCGCUGUUUUGUCUCCUGAUGGCAAACACUACAUCCUCAACGGCUCCAAAAUCUGGAUAAGUAAUGGCGGUUUAGCUGAAAUUAUGACAGUUUUUGCCCAAACUCCCGUCAACGACCCAAAAACCGGCAAAACUGUCGAUAAAGUUACAGCUUUCAUCGUCGAAAGAUCCUUCGGUGGUGUUACAAACGGCCCCCCGGAGAAAAAAAUGGGUAUUAAAGCUUCAAACACAGCCGAAGUCUACUACGAGGAUGUCAAAGUUCCUGUUGAAAAUGUCCUUGGCGGUGUGGGCAACGGAUUUAAGGUGGCAAUGAACAUAUUGAACAAUGGCCGUUUCGGAAUGGCGGCUGCUUUGGCCGGGACCAUGCGGUCUUGUAUUAAAAAGGCUGUGGACUUUGCGACACAAAGAAAACAAUUCGGGCAAAGAAUCGACUCUUUUGGGGCCAUUCAAGAGAAAAUUGCCAGAAUGGCUAUGCUGCAGUACGUGACUGAGAGUAUGGCGUACAUGAUUUCGGGGAAUAUGGAUUCAGGAUCGACGAGUUACCAUCUUGAAGCCGCCAUAUCGAAAUGUUUUGCAUCGGAGUCGGCGUGGUAUGUGUGCGACGAAGCAAUUCAGAUCAUGGGUGGCAUGGGUUUCAUGAAAGAAACGGGUCUUGAACGGGUUUUGAGAGAUUUGAGGAUUUUCAGGAUUUUUGAGGGAACUAACGAUAUUUUGCGACUUUUCGUUGCUUUAACUGGGAUUCAAUAUGCCGGUGCCCACCUCAAAGAAUUACAAAAUGCUUUCAAGAACCCCACGGCCAACUUGGGCUUGAUUUUUGAAGAGGCCUCAAAACGGGUCUUUAAGUCUGUAGGUUUGGCUUCACCACCUGCGAUGGAUCAUUUCGUACACAAAGAUUUGGGCAAUUCGGCGAAUUUGCUAGCGAAAAAAAUUGACGCUUUUGGUCAAGCUGUGGAAAUGGUUUUAAUUAAGUAUGGAAAGAAUAUUGUGAAUGAACAAUUUAUUUUAAACAGGUUGGCCAAUUCGGCGAUUGAUAUUUACACCGGGGCGGUGGUCUUGUCAAGGGCUAGUAAUUCACUUAAGGAGCAUCUACCAACGGCCAAUCACGAGAAAUUAAUGACGGAAGCCUGGAUAUUAGAGGGUUCGGAAAGGAUCGAUAAUAACCUUAAAGCCAUUUCAACUGGUAAAAAUUUGGAUAGUUUCACAAAGAUGAGUAAGAUUUCGAAAAAUAUUUGCGAAGUCGCGGGAGUGGCACAAACCAACCCCUUGAACUUGUAAUCUAUUUAUUUUAUUUGUAUAUUAUUGUUAUGUAUGUCCUGAUGUGACACCCUUUUUACAGAAUUCUUGUACAAAAACUUUUUAUAAUAAAUUUUUACACACA